AUGUUACUCAUGGUUCGUGUGCCACAUAAUAUACAUGUUGUUAAUAAUGAAUCAAUUGUUAAUGUUGAGAGUUGGAAAGCUAAGCACAGUGGCUUAUUUGUGCUUAAUAUUGGUUUACCUAUAGGAGUCGCCUGUCUUCCUGUUUCAUAUUCAUCACAUUGGGCAGUCUAUUUCACAUCGAAAACUUAUGGAACUCCACCGUCUACACAUGUACCUGUUACUAACAACGUUGCUCGAACGACAUCAUCAAAUCAAGACAUUAUUCCUACUGGUCAAAUAUUUCAGCAAGUUCAAAAUAUGGUAGCAAAUAAAAAAAAUGAACGGCAAACUCGAAAGUUACUAACAUUUGAUGAUGAUGAUAAUGACGACAAUGAAAGUGAUGGUAAUGAAUCAUGUGAAGAAAUAGUUGGUUUAGAUGGCUCAUCAUCAUAUUUAUCAACAAAAAUUAAUAAAAAAACGUUCGACCAUCCAAACGAUCUUUAUCAAACUCAUUAA